CUUAACUGCUGUGCCACCCAGGCGCCCCUGGAAAAAUACUUUUAUUUUAAAAGAUGCUGGGAUUUCAACAGGUGAAGAUCGAGAAUAGGUGUAUGAAUUUAAAUAAAAGAUAGUGAUUCCUUUUCUCUUGAGAGCAGCCAUAGAAUUCUUUUGGGAUUGAAGUCAGAUUUCAGAGGGCAAGGAGGGAUCUAGAACGGAGUGACCAGUCUCCACACAUACUACACCACUCUGACAUUUUAUCCCUGAGGCAUUACCUGGCUUACCCUAUUCCUCUGAUCUGAACCUUACACUGAUCUCCCUUUAGCAAUCUAUGAAGCAUACUUUAGGUUCUAUAAAAGAGAUAUUAUUGAAAGAAAGUUUUACUUGAAAAUACAUAAACAUUUCUUAUAGGGGAUUGGGGUCAUAUAUUACAGAAUCUUGUAACUGUUUUCAUUUGCUUAUUUCAUUGCUUGCAAUCUUUUUUAUUUGAGCAGAACUCCACCGUGUUUUGAACUCCACCGUGUUUUGGGCUGUGAUUAGCACCGUCACCAGUGGACUUCUGAGAGUAUUUUACCUGGAGCUACCAACUUUGAAAUUUUCUCAGACAGGCAUUCCAGUUCUUAUUUCUGCAUACGCCCCUCUUCCCAUGGUAUCUCCAGUUGUUUGGAGGGCUGUUCCACCAUUCUCAAAGCAUGCUACUAAUGAUGGACUUCCCAAGCCAGAACUAAUAUCCUGGAUUGAACAGGGGAGAGAGUUCUUCAAGAACUGGGGAGAAUCACAGAAGUCAGGAAACAUUAUUUGCUCUUCUGCUGAUUUGCAAUUUGAUCCAGUUAUCGAGGGACAUCAGUUUUGGGGAAGCCAGCAAGCUGUGAAAUCAGGAGACGCUGAAUGCCAUUUCCAGGUAGGUCCCCGAGAGGGCCAGUGCUCCUCUGAGCCCUUGCGAGAAGGGGAAGAUGGUUCCUUCGGGCCUGACCGAAGCAUCGCCUUGAUGAGCCCACACAGACGUGACACACAAGCUCCACUUGCAGGAGCCCACAGCUCCAGGGAGCCUCCCCAGAGAGAAGGAAUCCCGAGUCCCGGAACGCUGGGCCUCCCAGGCUCGCAGGAGGCCUCCUCCUGGCAGGGCACCCCGCAACCCUGCGCUGUCUGCGGGGAAAGCUUUUGGAAGAAGGAUCACUUAGAGAAGCACCAGAGGAGCCACUUGAAGGACCAGCCAUGGCGGUCCUGGGAGAAAUUCAGCAAACAGGCUGAGGCACAGCAACAGCGGAGCAUCCCUCAGGGUGCAAGGCGCUUCGGGUGCCAUGACUGUGGGAGGAGCUUCCACCUGAAGCGGUAUUUGCUGCGACAUGUGGCUGCCCACGCGGGGAAGAGCCCGCCGCAGUGCCCUGAAUGUAAGACAUGCUCCCCGCACUGGCAGACCCUCCUCAGCCACCGGCUCCGGCACAAGGGAGAGAGGCCUCCCCGUUGCUCCCAGUGUGACAGGAGCUUUCUGUCAAAGAGUAACACGCAGGCUCCCCAGGACCAGCCGGGCGGGGAGCGGCUGGCCUCCCGGAGAGAAGGCGAUGGGGCCUGCCAGGGGAGGGUUGAGCCGGCCGCUGCGCCCUCGGCGGGGACGCCGAGCCCCCCGCUGGCCCGCGAGGAGCACCGUCGCCGGAAGGGGACUGGGGAGGCCGUCCCGCGCUGCCCCCGCGGGGAGAGCCCGUUCUCUUGCGCUGAGUGUGGGAAGCGCUUCAGCGCAGGCUCCGAGCUCGCCGGCCACAGCACGGCCCACGCGGGGGAGAAGCCCUUCCGGUGCCCGCAGUGCGACAAGAGCUUCCGCCUGAGCGGCCGGCCGAAGGUGCACCAGCGCCCGCACCGUGCCGACCGCCCGUUCUGCUGCCGGAAGUGCGGCAAGGUCUUCGCCAAGCAGUGUAAACUCACCGAGCACAGCCGAGUGCACAGCGGCGAGAAGCCUUUCUGGUGCGCCGAGUGCGGCAGGAGCUUCCGCCAGAGGGGCCAGCUGCUGCGGCACCAGCGUCUGCACACGGACGAGAAGCCCUUCCAGUGCCCCGAGUGCGCGCUGAGCUUCCGCCUGAAGAGCAUGCUGCGGGCACAUCGGCUCCGCCACAGCGGCGAGAGGCCCUUCUCCUGCAGCGAGUGUGGCCGAGGCUUCACCCACCAGUGCAAGCUCCGGGAGCACCUGCGAGUGCACAGCGGGGAGAGGCCCUUCCGGUGCCCCGAGUGUGACAAGAGCUUCCGCCUGAAGGGCAUCCUGAAGGCGCACCAGCGCACGCACAGCAAGGAGCGGCCCUUCUCGUGUGGGGAGUGUGGCAAGGGCUUCACCAGGCAGUCCAAGCUCACCGAGCACUUCCGCGUGCACAGCGGGGAGCGGCCCUUCCAGUGCCCCACCUGCGACAGGAGUUUCCGGCUGAAGGGCCAGCUGCUGAGUCACCAGCGCCUGCACACGGGGGAGAGGCCCUUCCAGUGCCCCGAGUGCGGCAAGAGCUACCGCGUGAAGGCCGACAUGAAGGCGCACCAGCUGCUGCACGGCGGGGAGAUGCCCUUCUCCUGCGAGUGCGGCAAGGGCUUUGCCAAGCAGUCCAAGCUCGUCGAGCACGUCAGGACCCACACAGGGGAGAAGCCUUUCCAGUGUCCCAAGUGUGACAAGAGUUUCCGCCUGAAGGCACAGCUGCUCAGCCACCAGGGCCUGCACACCGGGGAGAGACCUUUCCGCUGUCCCGAGUGUGGUAAGAACUUCCGGGAAAAGGGACACAUGCUUCGGCACCAGCGCAUCCACAGGCCCGAGAGGCCCUUUGCCUGUGGCGACUGCGGUAAAGGCUUCAUUUAUAAGUCUAAACUGGCCGAACACCUCAGGGUGCACGCGAAAUCCUACAGUGCUCCCAACGAGCCCGACAUUAAGAAGAGGCUCAGCCAGCUGUUUGCGAUGAUCGAGGCUGACUGGAGUUGAGGCCGCGGCGGGCGUGCAGAGCGUUCGGCAGAGUUGAUGUUGCCUGGGAAUCCACAGCAGCUGUAGCCAAACCCGCCGGGAGACCGAUUUUAGGAACGGGGCCCUUUUUUGAUCAAGAACGAAAGGUGAGUUAGGAAUUUGGGAAACCACACGGGAUUUUCUCGUUUAACGCAUCACCUGUGAUAUUUACUCUCCGUUGAUGAGAGAUAUCUGUUCUUCUCACCAUCUUAAGUGGUAAUUUCCCCGCUAAUGCCAAGGUAGCUCUGAAAUCCCAGCUUGAGCUAAGCCAGUCCCUCCAGUACUGUUCUUAAAGCUGAGGAGAUGGGGUGGCUCUUAAACGUCCACUUGACUCUUUUUUCACAGUAUGAUCCUAAACUGAAGGUUUAAAUCCGUUGAAUUUUGUUGCAGGCCUGAUAGGAUGUUGGAUUUGGUUUUGAUUCAUUUAUUUUUGAAACUGAUAGCAAUAAAAUGAGUUCUCUGAA